AUAACAAUAAAGGCUGAAUAUGACGAGUAAUUGCAUACGUAUGUAAGAUGUUUAAAAUACGAAGUCGAAUAUUUAAAGACUAUUUCGCACGCCACUGAAAAAAGUGAACACUUAGAAAGAUUAUUAUGGCGUCGGAUGAACACGAGCUCGAUUCCCCAGUAGAUGGUUUUGAUGUCGGCUUUCCAGGCACUGAUCUUACUCUAGUUGUUGAAGGUCAGAAGAUCCAAGUCAACAAAGCGGUCCUAUCGGAGCAUUCAACUGUAUUUAAUACCAUGUUUAACGGUAAUUUCAAGGAAAGUACCGCAAAGGAGAUCGUAUUAGAAGACAAGAAAGCAGUUGAUGUUGUGGAAUUUCUAAAAUGUUUCUAUCCUAACAUGAAACAUCCAGUUACAGGUGAUAAUGUACUGCAGGUUUUGCCAUUAGCACACGAAUACCAGUCCCCUCUUGUGGCUACGUGUGAGGACUUCAUGUCUCAGAUGUGUAAACCAGACAAAGGGUUGACCGUCAGUACACUUCUGGACUACAUCUUGGCAGGGGAGAAGUACGGCUUGACUAGCUUUUUAGAAGCUGCAAUAGAAUUUGGUGCCCAUGUAGAUUUUGAACUUCUCAAUGGAACAAUGACUAUACCAAAAAGAGUUAGUUAUAAUAGAAACGUUUAUGAUAAAACGGUAGACAAUAGCAUUUCUUUGAAAUUCUCAAAAAUAGACCUGAAAACUCGAUAUAAGAUCGCAAAGAAAAGACUGCAGAAAAUUGAAAUGGACAGAAAAAGAGGGAAAAAUAAUGAUGAAGUGGAGGAGGAUUACAGAAUUGUAUUGUGUUCAGAGAUUAAAAAUGCAAAUGAUUAACGAUAGAAAAGAAGUACUCGGUUUGCAUAUAAUUAUGAGGCAUUAUAAUUACAUGUCAUGUUGAUCUGUCAUGUUGUAAGUUUUGAAUAUAUCGGGUGGAAGUAAAUAAAAAAAUUACAACACGACAACCAGUUGUAAAUUUUGAAUUUUCCGGGUGGCAGAUAAUACAAUAUUAACAACAUGACACCUAUUUGUCAUAGUAAUUUUUGCAUAUAAUUAUGAGGCUAUAAAUAAAGAUAUUUUUAUUUUGGUACAUGUCACGACAACUAGUUGUAAAUUUUGAAUUUUCUGGGUGGCAAAUAAUACAAUAUCUACAACAUGACACCUAUUGAACCAGUUGUUAUGUAAAUUUUGUAUUUACUGCCACCCGGUAAAAAUCGAAAUAUACAACAUGACAAAUAUUUGAAGUACUGAAUUUAGGUAAUCCACUACCAGUGUUGUAUAGCAGCCCCCUACUCCUAGUAGCUUUUCCCCGGAAAACUAAUUAAUAUAUAUCAAACUAUUCCUUAUAAAAGGGAUGGCUAUGGAAAAGGGCAAUUUACAACACGGGUUGCAUAUUGAUGCAUUAUAUUCAGAAAUAGGAAUAUAGGGGUAAUAAUGAUAGAAUUUAUGCAACAUGAUGCAAUCCAUCAAUCAGAAGCAUUCGCAACUAUGUUAUGAUGAUGGAUCAUACUGGCAAUUUUGCUCUCUUUUUUCUGCGGGUACACACAAACUUCUACAACAGAACAACAUGCUCUUUCGUCGCCAAUAUAACUGAGACCAGAAUUGAGAAAUGUAUUUGAAAUAAAUGCUAAUUGU